AUGCAAGUUCCAUUACUUCGUUUGCAAUGCGGUAAAAUUGGUCAUGAAUCCGCUGCAGCCCGAUAUGCAGCCGCCACCACUCCAGAGGGUUUCAAAAUAGAUGAUGCAAAGCCCUACGCAGAGCUGUGGAUGGGCACUCACCCCAGUUUGCCCUCCAAAGAAGUUGAGACCCAGCGCACACUGCUCGAAAUGAUCCAGGAAAACCAAGCUUUGAUUUCCACAGAGAUAAGUGAGCGCUAUGGAAGUCAGCUGCCCUUCUUAUUCAAGGUGCUUUCAAUUAGAAAGGCGCUUAGUAUCCAAGCCCAUCCUAGCAAGGAGUUGGCGGAAAAGCUUCAUGUGCGCGACCCAGAAAACUACCCUGAUGAUAACCAUAAGCCUGAGAUGGCUAUUGCCUUGACACCCUUCGAGGGCUUGUGUGGUUUUCGUCCCCUUGCAGAAAUCGCACAUUUCUUUCGAGCAAUUGAGCCCCUACGCACGCUUAUCGGAUCUUCUUCUACGAGUGAAUUCGAGAAAAUUGUUCAAGAGAAUGGUAACCAAAACGAAGAGGCCGCCGAUAUAAAGAAGAAAGAAGCGCUGCGCUCGGUAUUUACAAGACUGAUGAAUUCUUCUCAGACGCAAAUCAAUUCCGCCAGUAGGGAUCUGGUUUCUCUCGCCGAGAGCUCUCCAGCGAGCUUCGGUAUACUGGAAGGUGACCUAAGGACGAACCCCACUGACCCUGAAGCAUUGGCUAAGAUCUUAAAACGGCUCAAUGGCCAGUUUCCCAAUGACAUCGGCCUUUUCGUUUUCUUUUUCCUCAACUUUGUCAGACUAGAGCCUGGCGAGGCUAUGUUUCUCAAGGCCGACGAUAUUCACGCCUACAUUUCUGGUGAUAUCAUCGAGUGUAUGGCAUCGUCGGACAACGUCGUGAGAUCGGGAUUUACGCCAAAAUUCCGGGAUGUGAAUACCCUCACUGAUAUGCUGACUUACUCUUACGCUCCGAUCGAAGAGCAGAAACUUCGCCCCGUUGAAUACGAUCGUGUUUCCUUGAACACGACAGCUCGAUCUGGCGGGUCCACGGCUAUGCUGUACGAUCCCCCAAUUGAAGAAUUUAGCGUUGUCAAAACCGAUCUCACUUGUGCAGGUGCUAAAGCGACGUUCCAGCCAAUUGCUGGUCCUAGCAUAUUUAUCUGUUCACAUGGACAAGGCAAAAUCACAGUUGGUGGAACGAUCGAGAAUAUGUGCGAGGGUAGCGUUUUCUUUGUUGGUGCCGCCGUUGAGUGUAUCAUCGAGAACAGUGGAAGUUGUGAACGAGACGAUGGUCUCUUCACGACACACAAGGCGUUCUGCGAGCUAUCUACGAGCUCUCUAUGA